AAUACAUGGAAAAUGUCAUGCCUCGAUCUCUCGUAGAUUUCCUCAUUCUCUUCACAUAGUUAGGUGAAAAAACAGAGGGCCAAGUUACUUAAAAUAAUGUAGGAAGCAUUGGGUAGCAGUAUUGCUUUGGAAUACAGCAUGUUUAAUUUCUAUUAGACAGGCAUUGCUUCGGACAGUCUUUACUAAUGUUGAACACUUAGGACCCCUUCGUCCACCAUGGCGGCGCCCAGUGGAACUCUAAACUGUGAGGACUUCUCAAUGUUUCAGGAGGCGCUAAAGCUAAUGCGCACUAUUGAUGACCGGAUUGUCCAUGCGCUGAACACCACUGUACCCACAACCUCCUUCAAGGGAAAGGUAGAUGCUACACAGACCUGUAAGGAGCUCUACAAAUCUCUAAUGGAGGCUCACAGCGCCAGGGAUAGAGCCAUAAAGACGUGUAUAGCCCAGACCUCAAGUGUGGUCAGCCAAUUAUGUGAGGAGAGGACCAGAGAUAGUGAAAACAUGUCACUCAUCAAACAACUCAGGAAGGAGCAAACCAAGCUAAAGUUCAUGCAGUCAGAGCUGAAUGUUGAAGAAGUGGUCAAUGAUCGCAGCUUGAAGGUAUUCAACGAGAGGUGCAGAAUCCAUUACACCCCUCCAAAGGUCCAAUGAGAAUGGUCUGGCUGCUUUCGUAUGGUCUACAGCAGCUUCCAUACAGCUGUUUCUUGAUUGGACUGUGGAACCCAACUGUGGUGCUGAACUGAUGGAACAUUGCCUCCUGGACAACCUCUCUUUUCUUACAAACAUACAAAAGGAUUUUAUAACUACGAAGUGCUUAUUAUUUGUUGUCCCUGGAUUGGUGGCCAGGGCAUGGAAGUGCUGUGUGUGUUGAGUGUCCAGCUGAAAACCCGCUCCAGUCUGAGGAUGAGAGCUUCGGGCUUUCACUCUGAGGGGAAAAGAGGGUGGGGCUUUCACUCUCUGAGGGAAGAGAGGGUGUGGCUUUUCUGCUGUGAAUGAAAAAAAAGGGGUGGGACUUUCAAUCAGGUAAGUGGGGUGGAUUUUACUGAGAAUAGGGAAGAACAUCUUGCAAUUAUAUUACAUUGAGUAUAAUCCCACAUCACUGCUGGAACCAGGCGUAUGUUGGAUACAUGAAAAGUUGGGCAAUUGAAUUCACUGAAAAAUAAACAUGACAGUUAAGUCAAAUUUCUAACGUUCUCCAUUUAACUUUGGCUAAUGACAGGAAGGUUUUAACAGUACACAGUUUAGCGUACCCUUCAGGCUUGGGCACACACUGCUUAAAUGUGAGGGGGAAAUCCUUGAUACAGCUUUGUCAGAAGGUUGAGUUGUGUUGCCUUUUAACCCCUUAAACCCCAAUUAAAAUACAGGGCUUUUU